GGGCAGUCCCGGCAGUCCAGGACUGGCGCGGGAGGUGGUUGGGUGUGUGCUGUGGCGCCGGCUGGUUCAAACUAAGCACUACGCAGUGGCCUCGGCAGAUGAGCGACUCAGUGCAAGGCCAGAGGAAGCAGGGAGCGAGCGAAAGUGCAAAAGGGUUCGUCGCUUCGGUCUCAGAACACGGUGAGAAGCGAUUCUGUCGAAAGAAUCACUCUAAAUACCUAACCCUCCUAAAUAAUAAGCUGCGGUUUAAUUUCUUUGACUAGUGGCGACUUCGCUCAUAUAAAGCUCAUGCAGGUAACAACUACUCCUUUAAGGGAAACGUCCAUAUCAAAGCUUUAUCUGACUUCUUUACGAGAGCCCGUAAAAAGGCUUUACACAGUCAUCAGAUAUUAUUCGGCCAAUGUCAUCAUCUAAUUGUCACUUAUACCGCGAGACCCUAUGGACAUUUCCCCGACGGUAACUGUCGUAAACGAGACUCAAGACGGUCGACAAGUCGCUGUCAAUGCGCGAGGCUUCAAGUCAAAACGACCACCACGCCGAACACGCAAGAGUCAACCACAUCUCCAUGGGCCUCUGAGGAGAUGGAGGAGCCCCACGGCAUGGAUAAGCAGGCUCGACAAGACGCGACAUUCAUAUCCGGAGCUCAUCCCUGAAAGGCGGAGCCCCAGGAUGGGCCGGGUACGUCGCCAGCCACGCGGCACGCGUCGGCCGCCGGUGGCGCUGAUCGGUCUGCUACUUCUCUCAGUCAUCAUGUGCAGCACCUGGUGGCUGUCCAGUAGACACGACUCGCCCCGCCUCUCGCCAUACGAGGCGCUCGCCCAGGCCGAGUUCGAGCGCGACGCGCAACGUCUUCCAGUCGCCACGGGACUGAUCGUGAACUCGUCCGCCUGCCGACUGCCAGACUACGAUCCCUGGGACGCCAGCGUGGCAGGGCUGAUCCGGGAGGACCACCGGUUCCCCGGGUGUCGACAGAACUUUCCCGUGAGGCUGGCGCAGGACGGGAGACUUCUGCGGAUGUACACCAGUGCGGAUACCAGCUGCAAGCUGCGCUGCUGCCACAGAAGUGUGAUGAGAAGGGACGAAGGCAGAUCGGACGAUAACUAUCAGUUCGGAAACACGAGCACUUGUUUCGAGGAGGGGAAAGCCGUGGAAGUGAACGAUGAGUUCAUUCAAGUGAAGUGUUUCUGCAAGGGGAACGACACAGCCAUUUACGAAGACUUCCGCGCCUUUAUUGUGCCCAAACCAGCCGGACCUUUUGCAUCGGAGGCGAGCAAGAAUAAGGCGGAGAAACUGAACGUUUACAUGGUAGGUCUCGACUCGGUCUCGAGGCUUCAAUUUAAACGGUUCAUGCCUGAAAUCGAGACGCUUCUGGCAAACGACUUUGAUGCUGUCUCCAUGGAUGGACUCACAAAGGUCGGCGUCAACACCUUCCCGAACAUGCUGGCCUUUCUGGCCGGAAUGGAGCUGAAUGAGGUGAAAUUCCUGCGAGACCGCUCCUUUGACGAAUUGCCUUUGAUCUGGAAGUAUUUCCACCGCCUGGGCUACGUCACGAUGUUCAACGAAGACACGCCUGUCGAAGCGACGUUCAACUACCUCAAGCUGGGAUUUUUCCUCACGCCUACGGAUUUCUACAUGCGCCCAUUCUACAGGGCCAUCGAGGAAUCGCGCUUAGUGCGCAGUCAACAAACGCUUUGCAUCAACCAACGCGAACAGCUAGACCUACAACUACAGUGGCUGCAGGACUUUAUGACAUCGGAGACGAUGUCGUCUUCGCCGCAGUUCGCCCUCCUGUUCAGCAGCACGCUCAGUCACAAGGGUCCUCUGCCAUUCGUGGAGGCGAUGCAGGCACGUCUGGAGGAGUUCCUCAUCUGGUACAGGAACUCGCCGAGGUACAACUCUUCCAUCAUGUUCCUGUUCAGCGACCACGGCAUGCGCUUCGGUCCGGUGAUGCGUAGAGAGUUGGGCGGGUACGAGUCCCGACUACCGUUCUUUUACGUCAUCCCUCCUCCGUGGUACGCUCGCAAGUUCCCGGAGAGAAUGGAAGCACUGCGAACCAACUCACGUCGUCUGACUACCUUCUUUGACGCGCACGCGACGCUACGUCAGCUACUUCUGGAUGGUGGAUUCCCGGAGAGCGAGCUGCCGCCGUUCCGCCAUCCGGGCAGGAGUCUGUUCCGGUCUGUCCCCGAGGAGAGGUCGUGUCAUGACGCCGGUAUCGCGGCCCACUGGUGUGCCUGUCACUUGCGGCAGCCAGUGCCGCUGGAUGAUGAGGUUGUGCGUCGGGCAGCCGAAGCAGCGGUCCGACACAUCAACAAGGUGCUCCUGGGGGACCUCCAGAGCCAGUGUGCCGAGCUGACGCUGUCGCGAGUGGCGGCCGCGUUUCACGUGCGAUCUCAGCGCGGUGGUAAAGUGCAGGACAUGAGUAUCGUGCUACCGGCGUUCGAGGAGUACGUGGUGAAGUUCGUCACGACGCCAGGCGCCGGAGAAUUCGAGGCGACCGUUAGGGCUAGGUGGAGAGAGGACGGACCGAAGGACCACCCAGAGAAGGCUCACGAGGGCGACCAUUGGCCGAAGACGGCCGAGGAGCGAGCCAGCGCUCAUGAAGAACGGAAGGAAGCAGUGGCCUCCGGACCCGGUGGGAAGCCGGGGGAGGAGGCGAUCGCAGUGGUCGAGGUGUCACGAUUGAACAUGUUCAGGGGUCAGAGCGACUGCCUGCUGACACAAUGGGACGAGCGAAGGUUCUGCUAUUGCAAGAAUCUGCUCUGAAGCUAGGAAUGACACGGUUUGACAGGCCGUUCGAGGCUUUCAGGGUAGUCUCAGUAGCUCAGAGUAGCGGGCAAAUCGGUCGUCUGGUCAGGGUAUCAGCGUUACGGGCGUAGGAUACACUGGAAAAGACACUAUUUAUUCAGUAUCCUCGAAUCGACAGUGCCUAUUCGUGUUGGAGAUAGUUGUAACGAGGCACAGUGUCUUCAUUGCCUCUCGCAUCUCAGUGAUACCAUACGAGGUCUGCCUGGGUUUUGUUUGAUGAGCUUUGAAUGUCGGUGCUGUGCUAUUUGUGGCUCCGAUGAAAGCACAUUUCCGCUCUCAGUCAGGCUCUGGGUAAGUGAAAUGAAACGAGCUUGCGGAUGAACUGCAGAAGUGAUAUAAACUGCCCCUUAUUGUAAUUGUAAUUGCAUAUGAAGCGUGUGUUGUGUGAUGUGCAAUUGGUUGCGACUGUCAGGCUGCUACUGGUGCCUCUAUAGCUUGAACUUCCUAAGUAUAGAAUGUGUAAUGGGCAUUGCACUGGUCUUUAUUUAUUUACGAAUUAGGAUAGCACGUCGUUUGUCAUGAAAUAUAAAUGAGAAAGAUCGU